UUUCUUAACCUCAUCAGCUUUAGCGCUUAAUUCGUUGUUUUGUAGGGCAGAGUGACAGGUUUUCCUGCCAGAUUCUUUCGUUUUUUUAGACUUAAAAGAAAAUACUAAUUGUAAAUAUAUAAUUAUGUCAGAUAAUAAUAUUACCUUGCCAAAAGCUCCGAAAGAUUUGUGCUUUUGCGAGCUUGAUUUUAUACAGGAAAAUUUCGAUGUCGAUACUUUCUUGCAAGAUCACAGGAAAAGUGGUAAACUAGAGACGAUACGAGAUGAUCUUGGCAUGUACUUGAAAUUGCUUAGGUCCGCAAUGAUUGAUUUGAUCAACAGAGAUUACACAGAUUUUGUGAAUCUGUCCAGUAAUUUAAUUGGUUUGGACAAAGCUAUCAAUGACUUGCAAGCUCCUCUUGGACAGCUAAGAGAGGAAGUUAUGCAAGUUCAACAAGCUUUAAACGAUGAGAUUACAGCUAUUUCAACUAAUCUUAAUGAAAAUAUGAGAAUAAGAGAAUAUAAACAAAGUGUGUACAGUUUGCAACAUGUGUACAAGUCAUUGAAAAAACUUUCUUCUGUAUUAUCUGUGAAAACGUUUAUGGAAACUCCUACAAAAAUUGAUGUUUUGGAACAGGCUGCAAUUGAAUUAAAUCAAUUGAAAUUUCAUAUAUCUAGAUGUAAAUCGACAAUUUCAGUUGACCAUGAAAAGGAGAGUAUAGAAUUAGAAAACUUGUACCUAACUUGUCUGAACGAAUUAUUCUUGGCGUGUAUGCAAGAGAAGAAUUCAAAUUUGGAAAUUCGUUGUCUUCGAAUUUAUCUCACACUUAAUAAAAUAACUAAUGCAGAAGAACUUGUGCGACAAGAGCUUGUAAGACCGUUAAUUUAUAAUGUGGUUAAUGAGGAAAAUCUUCAAAGUGAUCCGCUUGGUUUGCAAAGUAUUUAUCACAGACUAUUGAACAUUCUAAAUGUGGAACUAAAACAGCUGUUAGAUAUCACGCUAUGUCCUGAUAGAGUAUCCGUAAAAGGAUUUAAUUUUUUAGUAAACAGUUUUUGGAUUGAAGUUGAAGAAAAGAUUGAACAGUACAUAAAAUCUAUUUUUGCUCCAGGAGAUCCAGUACUAUUUCAUAAAAGAUACACAGCCACAUUAGAUUUCUUAACAAAAUUGGAAGCAGCUUGUGUUACACCUGAAACUUUGAUGGCACUGAGGAAUCAUCCACAAUACAAAACUUUUCUCAAGAAAUGGAAUUUACCUGUAUACUUUCAAAUUCGAUUUCAAGAGAUAGCCGGCCUCGUGGAAACAGUAUUAGCCGAACCGAUAUCACCAAACUCAGUCAAAGGCAGUCUUGUUACACUGACACAGGAAGAGUUUUCGCUUCACGCCACUUGCGCAGUUUGGGAUAAUUUGUUGAGGAUAUGGACCGACGAUAUCUACUUGUAUCAAUUGUUUCAUAAAUUUUGGAAAUUAAGUCUUCAGAUAUGCUCAAGGUAUCAAACCUGGUGUCAAAAUGCGACAAAACAGGUAUGGCCGAUAAUAAAUGAAACCAAUUCAAGUGAUUCAAAACAUUCCACAAGAUUAAAUUUUUUAGUAUAUUUGUACAGUGAUGUGGAAAAACUGGUAAAGGCGCUGCCAUCUUUUUUACAAAUGGUACAAUCCAAAAUCAAUAAUGAGAACAUUACUAAAUCAAAAUUGCUAGACGAUUCUCUGAGUGAGACAUCGAAGAAUCUAGCGAAUUUAUUACCUUCACUUACGCAAGAGAUUGUGAACGAGCUCUCGGAACAAUGUGUAGUACACUUGAAACAAGUCAGCGACAUUCCUAGAUUAUUUAGAAGAACGAAACGAGAUGUACCGACUAAACCUUGUCCUUAUGUGAAGAGCGCAAUGGUUCCUUUUACUAAUUUCUAUGGAGAUUAUAAUCAAAUUAUUCCUGAGCUUACUGCUAUCUGGUUAGAACUAACUUUGUCUUCGUUAACAAAAAGUUAUUUAUUAUUUAUUACCGACGUGUUAACAUCCGUACAAAAAACUGAGGAGAGUUUACGAAGAUUGAAGAAGAUACGCGACAAAUCUACUGGAAUUCUUCCUUCGGAGCAACAAGGAACUAGUGACGAUGAGAAAAUACGUAUUCAGCUCAAAGUGGAUGUAGACGGUUAUAUAAAUUUGAUCAAGGACCUUGAUAUCUCAACUACUAAGAUAUGUCAUCUGCAAGAAUUGAUAGACGCUGUGGAAGCAGCUGUGAAAAAAUAAGAUUAGUGAUUUUGUCUUUAUAUUUAUUAUGUAAUCACAUUGGGUGUGUACAUAUGUGUAAUUAAGAAGAGUUUACUUUGUAUGUACACUUUAUCUAUCACUUACAAGCAUUUUUAUGUAAAUGUCUUUAAGUAGCUUUUUGGUUCUCUAUACAGGGUGUUUCAGAACUAUGGGAUCAAACUUCUAGGGGUUAUUCAG